AUGCAGAAGCUCCUGGCGCACCUGCGCAGCAUCGAGGCCGGCCACGACACGAACGAGCGCUUCCUCCAGCGCUUGGCGCCGUCGUCAAGCGGCGUACCCACGAAAGAGGAUGACAUUUACAAGCUUCUGCGCAAAUCCAGGACCAAGAAGCCACCAGCCAAGAAGCCACCGCGGCAACAACGGCCAGCGCAGCCUCAGCCCAAGCCCGACUCGCUCCAUGACCGGCGCGAGCGGCUGCACACUGUCAUGUCGUACGAGCUGAACCGAAAAGCCAAUUUGUCCGUCGUGCCGUUGCCAGCACCAAUGGCAUCGCCACCCAAAGUGCGUCAUCUCGACCCCAAGCUGCAAAGAGCGCUGACCUCGGCGCGCGAUCACCAAGCCGACGAGGUUCGCGCGGCCGAGAUCGACGUCGACACGGCGCUCCACGACGCCGAGACGCUCCUUCCGCUCUCGUUUCUUAUGGAGCGCAACCUCGCUGCGCUCUGCCAGUCGAAAGCUGGCGCCAUCAUCAAGACCGCGUUCGAAACCUUUGCUUUGCAUUUUUACGACGACGCGUGGCACCACUGGAUGGCCUUUGUGGCAUCGGCACGGGAGCGAGAACGAGAUGCAGCCGUGCGGGUUCUCAGCCGCGUGUACCGCGGGCACCUUGCCCGACGUGCCUGUGUCCAGCUGCGCGCAACGUAUGCCGCGCUCAACGCGGCGACGGCGGCAGUGCUCGACCAGCGCAUUGCGCACCGCCGCAGCUCGGCCCUUCGGAUUCAAAUGGCGUUUCGGCAGUAUGGAGUUCGCCGACGGCAUGCCGAAGCGAUCGCCAAGCAUACCGCGGCCCGCGUCAUCCAGCACCUCGUGCUCUAUCAGAAAGCCCGGGCGCUCCGGUUUGCUGCCAUGCUCGCCGACGUUCGACGCCAUGCGGCGGCCACUACGAUCCAGCGUGUCGUCCGCGGACGUCGCGGCCGGGGCGACGCUGCCCGCGAAGCACUUGGUCAGAAGCGCGCCGCGAUUGUCGCCAAACUGUGCGACCCCAAACUCGCCAUCGCCAACCGGUUCGAGUCCCAGGGCGCGGCAUUCCGCAUUCAAACGGCCGCUCGGGCGUGGCUGUGCCGGCGCGCGGGCCGCCGAUACCGCGCGGCGCUGCGCCAAGCCGCGGCCCGGAAGAUGCUCCAUCAUGCGCUUGCCUCGUACGUGGUCCAUUACAAGUACAAAAUGCGCAAAAUGGCGCUUAUCGCUUCCCUUCCAGCGCGUCAGGCUGCCGCACGACUGCUGCAGCGGGUGAUCACCAAGUGGAUCCUUCGGCGCAAGUGGCAGCUAGAUCGCCUUGUCCGGCGAAAGCAAGCGCGACUGCGGCGGGUCGAAGCCUACGCCAAGCGUCGGGCGCAGCCGCUCGCGGUCGUGUCGCGCGGUCUCCAAAAGGCACAAAACCGCGCACGUGGCGCGCUGACGUCGUUGAUGUCGGCGUCGAGCGCGGCGGCCAAGGCCUCGGAUCGCCGUCGCCACGCCGCCGUCGCGAUCCAGCGCGGCUGGCGCUGCAGUCGGCUUCGAUACAAGAAAUACUUGCAAACACUGUAUGCACAAAUCGAGUUUCUAGAGCUGCGCAAGACGGCGCUCUUUGCCCACGCGACGCGCAUCCAAAAGCUGUGGCGCGGCCGCCGCGCGCGCAAGCAAGUUAAAUUUCUCUGGCUCGACAAGGUCACGCGGCACGCCGUGGCCAAGUGGCGCGCGCGGCGACACCGGCGACGCACGAUUGCGGCACAGCGUAUCCAGCGCAAGUUUCGAGGCGUCCGCGGCCGGCGACUGGCGAAGCUCGCACUUGCCGAGAUGGCCCACGCGCGGCGUUGUGCGACAACGCUCCAGCGUCUGGUUCGACCAUGGCUCGCCACACGCCAUAUGCAUCGUCUUCGCGACACGGUGCGCCGUCGCCACGAGACUCAUCUCGUGUGCGUCGCCUCGCUGCAGUGCUGUCGCCAAGCCGCCGUCGAGUAUUUGAUCUUUAAAUCACUCGAAGGCGCCAUCGGGGAUGUUCUCACGUACCCGGCGUGGUUGGCCAGCGCGAGUGGCUUUACACCUCAACACAUUUCCUUUCCGCUACUCCAAUUGCUCUUCCUCGACUACAACGGCCUCAAGCGCGAGCAUUUGAGCUCGAUGCCGUUGAAAGAGCUGCAGCAGCUGCGACUGGACCGGUCGAAAUUCCUCAAAGUGUUUCGAGACGCGUUCCCCAACACGUCCCGACACAUGGACAUGUCGUCGGACGCGGAUAAAGUCCUGAGUCGCCUCAAGGAGUACCCGAGCCAGUCGCGCAUCUCGCUCUCGUACGCGAUGUUUACGGCGGCGCUCAAGGACAUGGCGAUGCUCGCAAUCAAGUCGAAAGCAACCGACCUCUCGCCCGACGCACGCUUGCUCACGCUCGUAAUUAAGCACAUCAACAGCGGCAAAUGGGCAACCAAGUCCAAAGCCGCGGACCAGCUCGCUGCGUACGUCAACCAGUGGCUCGACCACGCGGCGCGAUGUCUUCAGCGACUCGCCCGACGCGCGCGGGACCGAGACCGCGGCAAUGCUCUCUUGCACAUCAAGCGCGUCGAGUGGCAGCAACGACUGUUGGCAGCGGCGGCGGCGACUAUCCAGCGGGCGUGGCGGCGGCGGGCGGCGCAGAGUUACCUUCGAUCUCUUGUGCGCGCGGUCUUUCGCAAAUACAUUGAUGCAGCGACCGGACUUCCUUACUGGACCAACCCGCGCACGGGCUACUCGACGUGGACCAAGCCGCGCUUGCUCGGCAAAGGCGACGUCGACACGGACGUGAUCCCGAUGGCCGACGCUGACACCGAGUAUUCGAUCCGCUGCACCAACUGCAACAUCAACCCGAUCGCCGAGUCGUGCUUUCACUGCGAAGACAUGUACUGCGCAUCCUGCUACGCACAGCUGCACGCCAAAGGCAAGAUGGCGACGCACGUCCACUUUGCUAUCCAAGGCUGCAGUCUCUGCAAGUUCCAGGUCGGGACGCGCCACUGCCACCAAUGCAACGCCGACUACUGCGACAACUGCAUGCGUUAUGUCCAUCAAAAAGGCAAUCUCGCGUUUCACACGGCCGACCCGCUUGUCGCUCUCUGUCUCGACUGCAAGGAAGUGCGUGCGGUGCGCGUGCAGUGCAGGACACACGACGUCAAGCUGUGCCUUUCGUGUGCCCAUGGCCACCCGCCCGAGCUCUGUCGGCUCGAGACAAUACCGUUCCUGCCGUUCUCGCUUGAUGACGCCUUGAACCGCGUCCAUCUCGACCGACGCGAAAAGCUCGAAGCCGAGCAAAAGCGCAUGCAAGACCAGCGCGACUUGGAAGCACGGCGCCUUCAAAGCGCCCUGCGCAUCCAGCGCAACUGGCGCCGCAAGCUGGCGCACCAAAAGGGGUUCCAGAAGCUUCUUUCAUUGGCCACCGCCAAGCAAGCCGAGUGGGCCAAGCGACAGCGCGACCGCAAGAAACAACGGACACUCGGGUUUGUGGUCAAGGACAUCUUUGGGAAGGCCGGUUUUCUCGAAACCGACACGCCGGCCCACCAAGUGCUGCGUCGUCUCAACGUCUUUACGCGCCACAAGAUACUGGCGCGGAUCCGAAAACUCCAAGUGCCGCUUGACGAAUACCUCUUCCUUGGCGUCCUUCUACCUGGUCACGCUUCAAUUGCAGCCGGCAGCACGUUCCUCGAGACCAGCGAGGACGUCCGUGGCUGGGUCGUAAAUGGCCAAGCCUUGCGAAUCCAAGACCACGUGUGCUACAUCCACGCCUCGGAAGCCAUGCUCGAAGCCAGCCUUGCACUCCACGAACCAUUUCGUUACGAGAGCGCGGUGCAGUCCCCGUAUUACGCGAUCGAGUUCUCGACCCAAUUCCCAACCCAUCUCAAGGCCAUCCUCGGCGCCAAAGUCCAGUCGCUUGCCCACCGCGUCGACGAAGACUCGUUUGUGGGCAAGUCCCUCAAUAAGAUGGCCAAGUCGGUGCAAGGCGCCGCGCUGCGGAAAAAAGUCGCGCUGGAAAUCCGCAACGAAGAACAAGCCGAGCAGCUCGACCAAGACAAGAAAAGCGAGCGACAACGGUCGGUUAUCAGUGCCGGUCGACGGCAAUCCUGCGCCUCGAUGACGGCCGUGGCCGCGGCGGUGCGCAUGGCGUCCUUUGCCGAGCUGGAAGGGCUCGGACCACUUAAUGGUGAAAGCGACGAUGGAGUCGGCGCUCGGGUUGAACCGCUGCCGGGAGCUCCGAUCGACAAGGGCCAAGCCAGCUACGAGCCGUCUUACGACACUCCAGGUGGCGCUGGCACCAACGAAGAUGCAGCGUCAAGCUACCCUGCCGACGCGUACGCAUACCAAGCGGCAGCCAGUCCAGGAAUUUACGACGCCACCUACGGCGAGGCGGCAUACUACCAGCAGACAAUCGGCAACUACGGCGCAUACAGCUCCGAGACGGACCCCGCCUACUACGACUUUACACAGACAACGUACGACGCGGCGGCGGUAUAUGGGACAAGUGACAGUGGCGGGGACUACGCAGCAGCACCCGACCAAGCGGCGCCAACUGCGUACGAUGCGGUAUAUGGUGGGUACGAUGCCAGUUACCCGAGCGGCGAGUACCCGGCGAGCGGUGAAGCGACAGUUGGCAGCUACGACGCAAACUACUCGUACGCAGCGCACAGUACUGGCACAGCGCUGGAUGCGCCAUCGAUGGACGGUUCAGGUCUGUAUGAUGCGUACAACCUAACACCGUUGGGCGAUCCGUCGUAUGGGACUCAUCAAGCGACGCCCUCGCACACUGCACCCUCUUACGACGACUACGCUUCCGCCAGCUACGACCCAUCGACGAGUUGCGACACCUCUACCGGUUACAACGCGUCAGCUGGCUACGACUUUACGAAUGGCUAUGAUCAGCAAGCCAGCUAUGAUCAACAUGCUGCUUACGAUCAGCAAAACGGCUACGAUCAACAAGCCGGCUAUGAUCAACACGCCGGCUACAAUCAACAAACGGGCUAUGAUCAACAAGGCGGCUAUGAUCAGCAAGCCGGCUACGAUCAACAAACAGGCUAUGAUCAACAAGGCGGCUAUCAUCAACAAGGCGGCUACGAUCAGCAAGUCGGCUACGACCCGCAAGCUGGCUAUGACAUGCAAGUCGGCUAUGAUACUGCGUGUGACGGUGCGUACGACGUCUCGGGGUCUGCUGACGGCACCGAUCCGUGGCAAGAGAUUUACGACCCACAAAGUGGCCAGUCGUACUAUUACAAUGCGAUAACGGGCGAAUCCGUCUGGAAAACAUAA